GCAACUUUGUCCAGAAGUAGCUAUAAUUUUUUUUUUACAACAGCAACUGAAGCACAAAGCUGUGAUGAUGCUUCCAAUCUCAAUUGCCCUCAUUUUUCUAGUCGCACCUUCCGUAAGCUACGCUGAAGAUGUUUUUGCUCCUGAGGCGGACAGACUAAGCUGUGGACCAGGAGAGACGUCCUGUGGAAUUUUUUGCUGUCCUUACGAGUCUGCGACGUGCUGUUGGGACAACUUGGGGUGCUGUCCGCACGGAAAAACUUGCAUCGAUAUCCUCGGGAUCGGCAUCUGCGUGGGCGUCGAAUACAACAAACACAGCAACUUCACCCUCACGUCCGAAAGACCCGCCGGGCCCCGGUACGAAGCCAGAGACUGUCCAUCCUACAUGACCACUUGCGGGGACGAAAAGUGCUGCCCCUUGCCCAAUGCGGUGUGCUGUGCCGAUGGAGAGCGCUGCUGUCCGAACGGAUACAGGUGCGGUCCCGGCUCCUGCGUCAAGACGUCCAAGGUGCCCGCCAGGAAGCAGAUGCGCGCCGAUGUGCUGAGCAUUUAUAAUUUAGCUGCUGGGAAUCAAGUUCCCCAAAAGGAGUGUCCCGGAGGAAACCGCAGUUGCCCGAAAGGCACCAACUGCUGCCUUGAUGAUAACGAGGAGUGGAGUUGUUGCCCAAAAUCUGCUGUCGAUCGAACCAGUUAUGAAGUAAUCCCAAAACAACACGCCCGAAAGGAUCAAGAUUGCUGUACCGCAUGGUUUGGAUAUGUGUGCUGUAGCGGCGUAACGCCUUGGUGUACUAUCUUAGGAUGCGUGUGAACACGAAUAAAAUAAAAUCUUUCUUCACCAUUGAA